AUGGCUUUAUCGAAUUCACCACCUCUCUCAAGUGAAGGGUUUGGCAACCCCCCAGUCAUAGAAAGUGAUGUGCUGCAAGACAUUUGGGGCGGUGACACAAUUCCGAACGCCCCGGAGCCAGAGAGCAAGCUGGACGAGUCCGAACCAAACAGGGGCCUGGAAUCAAUUCCCUCCUCUGGGCCGCGAAAACCAAGAGCGGAUACCUUGCACCAAGGCGUCAGCUUGGAGAGUCUUGCAAGUUCAGCCGAGAUUUCUGAGCCAUCUAUUAUAGUUCCCGACAAAACAAACUCCGGGACAGACAAAACUGGCGGAACUGGCGGUCCAGAGUCGCCAAUUCAAACGCUGUUAUGCAUACCGUAUGCAGCCGGCAUUUUGGAAAUAACAUCGACAAAACUUCAAUCGGCAGAUAAAAUCCACUUCCUGGGAAAAUCCUGGCAAAAUGGAAGGAGAACUGAGUUCCUCUUGCGCCUGGGAUUGAAAUUAUGGCUGCCGGCAGAUCAGGUCCCAGAGGGCGUCCUCCCGAGACGGCCCGGAGAGCUGGAUAACUCAAGAUGA